AUGGCGUCGGGGUUUGUCAAGCGUGGCAAGCGCGCCACUGUGGCGCGCUAUCGCGCGACACGGCCGAGCAAGACGCAUGCCGAUCCACGCGUGUCGACGGGCAUCGCCUCCUUCGACUAUCUCCUUGACGGUGGCCUGCCCUUGGGCUCACUCACCAUGAUUGAGCAAGACAACACAAAGGCUUUUGCUCGCAGCAUGCUCAAGUAUUUUACUGCCGAGGCUGUGGCGAGUGGACACCACCUCGUGAGCGUCCACACGGACGAUGAGCCCGAAGCUUUUCUAAAGGAUCUGCCGCUGAUCGUGUCCCAGCACCGCGCAUUUCCAACACAACCCACGACAGACCCCGGCCCGGCCGCUCCCGCACCAGCCCUUCUUUUGCGCUUCCCAUGCCACAGCUUUCUUACCACGCCCCCACCAGCAGCUGCAGCGGGGGUGCGGUUUGCCAACGAGCUUGACGUUCGCGAGCUUGACGAUGCCGAGGAGCCCACUGUCGGCGAGGCAGCUGGGGCUGGUACUGGUGCCCCCCAUGACAUGAAGAUUGCAUUCCGCUAUCAAUCCCUCCCCAAGGUUCAAUCGCUAUUGGGCGCUGGCAGCAAGGACAAAUACUGUCAUACUUUCGAUCUGGGUAAACCGAUGGCGCGCGAGGACCGUGAAGCCGGCUUCUUGCACCCCAUCGACGCCUACCCCUUGCUGACCCUACCCGACGCCAGCACCCGAUUUGCGGCCCUGCUCUCCGCCAUUCGCGAGGCCAUUCCAGCAGAAUCCGCUCCAGUGGGGGAAGAGCGGCCCGUUUACCGUGUACUUUUGCACGACUUUGGCUCACUUGUGUGGCAGGAGGCCGAGGCCGAGGCCAAGCGUGAGCUGGCGCUGUAUCAAUUUCUGUUUGCACUUCGCGGAAUGGCGCAGGAGCUGAACCUCGUGGUCUUGCUGGCUGUUCCAGCCAAUCAAGCCCCAUCCCCCAGCACCUUGGCCGCGUGGCGAGGCUUUGUUGAUGCCGCCUUUGCCCUGGAAAGCUUCAGCGGCACCCCGAACGAGGGCGAUCCCAGUCUCUCCGACUAUCAUGGUUUUUUCCGAGUGCGCAAGAUGAUGCGCGGUACGGCCCUGACGUACCCUGCACUGGAAACCUUUGAUCUGGCCUUCAAGCUCAAGCGCAAGGCAAUGCUCAUCGAGAAGCUGCACUUGCCCCCAGACUUGGCCGAGGACGUGGCUCGACCCCAGGAUGAUGGGCCAGGUUUUGUGGUGCACAGAGCCCAUCGUACCGGGGACAUGGCUGAACAGGAGGCAAGCUUGGCUGCGGCCUCGAUUGAGACCGGCGUUGAGCUGAGUGAGGCUCCCUAUGGUGCUCAAACCAAGCUGAGUCGGCACACCAACCUGAGCAAGCGCCUUCAAAACAGCAAACCCGAGGGCGAUGAUGACGAUGGCAGUCAGCACAGCUCCCUCAGCACGGUCAGCUCGGCGAGCACCAUGCUGUGGGAAGACGAUGCGGAGGGCUUGCUCAACGAGCGCCAGAAUUUUCUCCGUGACAUGGAGCGCGACGUCGUUCUGACGGGAUACCUGAAAAAACUUGGCGACAUAUCCAAGCCCUUGAAGGAGAUUGAAAAUCCUGGCUCUGCUCGGCCGGAUCACGCUCAGGUGCUUUUGCUUGCCAACGACGCAGCCUGGCGUGUGCGCUACUUUGAAUUGGAGGACGGCAUGCCUGAGCGCCUGGUGUACUACCGAGACGACACCAAGCGGCGCCAAAAGGGCAUCAUUCAUCUUGGUCCCGAUGCUCGAGUCGAACCCAUCACUGAGGAUCCGCGCUUCAAGGGGCCCGAGUAUUUCAAGCUCGUCACAGUGAAGCGAACGUACUACUUCAAGUCGGAUCACGGCAAAGACGACGCUCAGCAGUGGCGGGAGAAGCUAAGUCGUCAAAACUUGUUUGAGAUUGCCCGGGGAUACUUUUGCAAGCGAGGCAACUCCCGCCUGCACCUGUGGCGCCAGCGCCAAUAUUGUAUUAGUGCCUCCUAUUCGGGUGGCGUUUUGCACACCUACGUGACCAAGAAGGAGAAAGGCUCCAAGCUACCUGUCGAGGUGACCAAAAACAAGUACAAUCUCAUUGGUCACUGCGCUCUCCUUGCCCGGGAGACCGACGCUGGCGAGGAGUGGCUGCAGCAUGACUUCCCAACCAGCAAAAAGAUCUCAGACUUCACUUCCGCCCGCAAUCGCAAGGCAGUCAACCUGACCGUUGAGAACCGUGGCAUCCUCUAUCUCGUGAACAACACCGCCAGCCAAGGUGAUGAGCCGCCCAUGGAGUAUGUCUGCGGGACCAUCCCGCAGACUGAGGCCUUCACCUCCCUGGCCCGAGCCGCCGAUUUGUCCGAUCUGAAGCGCGCGAUUCCGCUCCUCUUUCAGGGGGCCGUGUCAGGACUGUUCCAAGCCUUACAUGACGACUUCGAUGGCAUCUACGUCCAUUUCUCCGGCAUCAUCCACCUCAUUCAAAGCGUGUUCUUGAAGAUGGACCAGGUUCACGCCAAGUUCAUCUGUCUUGAAUGCAAGCCCGGUUUCCAUGAUCUCCUCAAUCUCCUGGCCGAGCCCAUGGCCAGCCAUAAAUCCUCCAGUGAUCUGGCCAAUUGGAUCAAUAUCCCAGAUUUGGCUGGUCGACUGGCUGAUCUCGCUCGCCAGCUUGCAACCCUUCGCGACGACCCUCCGGUCCCCGGUCAAACUGAGACAGUGCUUCUCGACGACGUUCAAGAAACCGUCAGCCUCUACCUUCAAGAAAAGCUUGCGCCAGCUGCCUUGAACCUAUACUAUCAAAGUGCAGCUGAGCCCCGCACCAUCUUUCACGGUGAACUUGACGCCGUCUUCAACAUCCUCCUUGCCUGCGUUGGUGAUGUGAAUUGUGCUGCCUCGCUCUUGGCGCACGGGCACUACGAUGUGCUUCGCACCCUGAACACCCUGCAGGCGGCUGGUAGCGCCAAACAGCAUGAGGGCGCACGGAAACAUCUCGACCUUCUCAAACGCAUCUUCAAUCACGCCAUUGCCUCACAAGAAAUUACCAACCGCCGUGGUCUGACUGAGGCACAGCGCAACCGCGAGGAGCGGUCCCGUGAACUCAUUCGGGAACACUUCCAAGCUCGUGCCAUCGUCCCGCUCGUCGAGGCACUGGUCCGAAUCGACCACACUGGCUUCGAUGACAAGGGUGCACCCACCCUCAGUUGCCCGACUCUGGUACACAUCCUUGAUCAUUAUCUUGGCUUCGUUCUGGAGCUACUCAAGCACAGUCGCAAUGCCAUCGCCGUUUGUUUGGCGCCAUCCAACCCCCUCAAACUCCUCGUGCAGCAGCUGCACGCUAAAAAUGCCGACCUCCCACUUUCCCCCAUCGUGGUCACCCGCAUGACCGAUAUCCUCCUGCAGGUUUUGCGCCACCGCGAUCAGGCUACACCAGAGGAACAGCGACAAAUGGAUGCCAUCUACACCCAGGACAUUAUGAUCCCGCUGAUGAGCCUCGUCUACCAUUGCCUCGAAUCCAAGACAGACGCCAUCAUUCGAGCCUGCCCUCACAAUGGUCUGCUCAUUUGUUGCGCCCUGUGCGGUUAUUUGCCUCUUGCUCGAGCUCUCUGCGGCCCGGGCCUGGCCGAGCUGACUAAUGUCAUCCGUCUCUUGCGCACGGAUCGCAAAGUUUCGUUCAUGAGCACCGAGGAUGCCAAGAAUGCCUUGCGCCUGCUUCCUGCCGUGGCCGCGCAUGCCGAUGAGGAUACGGCUAUUGCCGACUACUUACAGGAUGAGAUCCUGCCCGCCUUGGUGGCGCUCUGCUGCGAGCUGCCCACGCAAGCCUUUGUUGGCAAGGCUGUUGACCUCAUAUCCGAUGUCAUUCGUACCCUUGCUGAUCUGGCUGAGCUCCCGGCUGUGGCAGCCAUGCUCUGCAAGGACGACGAUCUGCGGCGCCUUUUGCUCGUCUGUGACGGGCCCUGCGCUGCUGAUAUCAAGGGUGCAGAUAUUUGUCUCGACUUUCUCCACGUCCUCCGGUCUCUGGCCUUGUGGAUCGUGCCCGUUCCGGACCUAAAGGCUUGUCAGGGGAAGCGACUCAACGACCCCAGUCGCACUGCGUUGCUGGACAGUCCUUGGAUUUACUUGUAUCUGAAAACCCUCAUUGAGCCGCUCCCCGCAGAGAAGCAUACCAGCCUCUCACCACAGCGGCACGCAACCCUGGUCUCCACUUGCACGGCCCUUUUGCUUCCGGCCUUGACAAUCCUUAUCAACUGUUACGAGCAGGGCCAGUCCCACCGCGAAUCCAUGAUUGGCAAGGCAAAUGCACAAGGCGCUCGGCUCAAACUAAUGGUUAUCUGUGCGGCACUCAUGUCCCACCACGCGGUGGCCACCAGUGCUGCUCGUAGCACCAACCAUCGACUCAAACUCGGCGAGCUCAUUGACAUUUUUGAGCGUCGCCUAGACCAGAUCCCUGUGGAGGAUACAAAACAUUUCUUCUUCUUGCUGCAUGGGUACACGGCCCACAACGUACCCACCCUCACGACCCAGGACGACUUUAUCACGACGCACCUGGCCCCCAUGUGUGCGCGGUUGUGCGCGCGAGCAGCAGAUGCACUCCUUCAUCAAGACGGCGAGAGCCACGCUGCACUGCUUGCCCCGCAGCGUCUCGGACCUUUUGAGUUUUUAACCUUUAUUCUGGGCAACCCCGUGGUCGCGCGCCACAUAUGUGCCACCUUUCCGAGGGAGAUGACGCGAAUCCUUGAGUGCUAUCUUGACUUGAAGGACCCGGCCCCGAUGAUCUGGAUCAUGGAGCCCCUCAAAGUCCUGGCGCAGCACACGAUUGCAGCAGAUUCCACCGAUGAUGUUAUUGCCACGCUCUUUGCCAAGUCCUUCGUCCGCGUCAUCUGUCAAAGCCUGGAGAAGAAGCGUACCUCAGAUCCUCGCGUGGCCCUUCAGGCCUUGUAUUGGUGUGUCCAUGUGCCGCAGGCUGCCACGGAGCUGGCCACGGACAUUCACAAGAUGACUUUCCUCAACUUGGUCGAGGACAUUGAUUCCACCCAGAACUUGUCCGCCUCUGCUCGCACAGAAAAGUCUUACUGGGUCAUCUUGGUGCUGGUGCAACUCAUGGAGCACGUGGGGACGGCUGCUCGCCCGGCAUCUCGGCUUUGGGAUGGUGCCGUUGUGGACGUCCCCGUAGAUGGCACCCACGAUACGGUGAGCGGCCUCUCCGUGGGCAAGACCAACGCAUACAAGAUUCUCGACUAUUUGGGUCUCGUCAGCCGUACACUGAUGGGUGCGACGGUGCGCAUGCUACUACGUGAACGCGGUGAGGAUGCCGAAAAGACAGAACUCGAGAUUGACGUGUGUCUGCUCCUCUUUGCCAUCUACCGCCUUAUCAGCACCUCACCCACCGACCGUAUUGCUCAUAACAUCUGCGAAACGUCGGACCAUGUGGCCGAGAUCAUCAAUUUUAUCCGUCGUGGUACGGCGACUCAGUCAGACGCCGACACCCUCAACGUCAAGUUUUGGAAUCGCCAACUGGUGGAUCUCGAUGUGUUGCUGAACCUCCUGUCCGAGGUUUAUGCCGCAGUGGCCACACGCUCGCGGGACACCAUGGUGUCCAGCGCCAUUUUUCGAACGCGACCCGUACCGGCCUUGCUCAAUAUUCUUCGGCGUGACUUUUACCACCUCCCGUCCUUGCGCCUCAAUGCACUUGAAAUUUUGUCCGAGCUGGCCCGUAACUCGGCCGAGCAUUGCGAGUCCAUCUUUCUGAACGAUGGUCUACCCGUUCUGAUUGACGACUUGCGCUCCGGCAAGCCAGAGGUACAGAGUCGCGUGGCCUCGGCAUUGGCCUUUGUGGUCGAUCGGAACCGCGAUCGACUGCAGACCUUCAUCAAGCUGGGGGGUGUCAAACCGCUUGUGCGUGAGCUCAAUGCCUCAUCUGCAGGCUCACGCCGAGCACUCACACUUUUGCUCGUCAAUUGCCUCAAUUCCUCAGAAGUCAUUGCAGACAUGUUGGUGGGCCUUGACGGCGGCCCAAGCCUUGUGGUUCAACUUGUUGGGCGACUGGUCGAAAUGGGCACGGCCUUCUCAUGGCAGCGCGAGGAGGCCCAGUUUCAGCUUAUUACAGCACUCGCACUGCUCAAGUGCUCGCAACACAACGAACUGCGCAACGAGUUUACGCCGGAAAUUCUGACCAAACUCAAAGCCUUUGUGCCUGGGGAGGUGACAAAGGAGGAGUACGAGAAGCAGGCUCGGGCCGAAUCCUUGGUCAGCAUGGGUCGUCAGUGGAUUAGUGGCAUGGUUGAUGAUAGCAACGAGAGAACCGGGCAGUCCAACGACAUUCGUCAACGCGCCGAGCGUUGUGAGACUUCGCUCAACGCCGAGCACAACAAUAAAGAUGUUCAGGCCAAGAUGCGCGAGCAAUCAGGAAGUUAUGCGGCGCGUGUGGUCGGGGCCUCGUUGCGCAACGACCAACUGGCUGAACGGCUAACCCCUGAAGAAUACUCGUUGCACAUGGACGCUUUUCGCUUCUAUCUCCUGCGCACGCUCGCGGAUGUGGAAGCAAGCUUCACGAUUGAUAUAGGCCCCGCCGUUUUCAAACCAGACCCCAGAUCGCGUUUCACGUUCAAGGUCAUGAUCAGUCACACCUGGGCUGACAACGACAUGCAGCUUGCCCUCAAAAUUCGUGAUUAUUUUGAGGAGCACAAGAUUCCAUACUGGCUAGACAAGGAUCACAUGCCCAGCUCAGGCAACAUUUAUCAAGGCAUGGCCCAAGCACUGAAAGAGUGUGACGUUGUUCUUUGUCUAACAUCGCGAGCAUACGAGAACUCUGCCAAUUGUCAAAAAGAGUUGAUGCGCGCGAUGGAGCUGAAGCGUCACGUCUUUCCGUGUCGAGCUGAGAACGUGCCUCUGUCCGAUGCCACGGGGCUGAUGCUAGCCGGUGACUUUUAUUGGGACUUGUUCAGGCCGGAGCUCUUUGAACAGCACAUGGGACAAGUCGUAGAAGCCAUGAAUAAGAAAGCCUCGUCUGCUGCCAUUGCCGAACCCACACCGGCGCCAAUCGUACCUAGCAAGGCUUCGGCGCAAAUGACAAACUUGCCCUCUGACCUGCAAGAGCUACUUCAAUCUCUCAAGCUAGAAAGCUAUGCAGACACACUCAUCGCCAACGGUAUCGACGAAGUCGAAAUUCUCGUUUCCUUGCCAGAUGAGGAACUGCAGCGCCUUGGUUUCCGAGUUGGGCACAUCAUGAAGUUGCGCCGCGCUUCGCCCAAAGCCUAA